CGUGUUUACGUUUGAUUCUACUGUGAAAUAGAAGUCAACGAAAAAAAUACGUCACUGUCUUUCAAAGGUUUAUAAAAGGGGCAGACAAGGCAUCCACGCUAGUUAGAAGUUUUCAAGUUUCUCUCCGGUAUCCUGCUUUUAAGGACGAGCAUAACUCGUACAUUUUACUACUGUUCAUUAAGCAGUUGAUGUAUCGCUACUUCGACUGAGGACAUUUAAAGAAUAGAUUUUCUUGCUGAAACCUAAGGGCAGUUAUUCCACCGUAUCUCAUCAAAAUUCGUUCAUUUUCUGAUACCGCUGUGAAAAUAUUUGAACAUAAACACGAAUCUCACAAUUCUGAAAAGCUGUUGUCGGUUGUCAAGGUAUAUAAAUAAGAGAUCGAAGAAGAGAGAAUCUGGACAGCGAAGAAAUCUGACGAGGUUUUAGAUGAACCAAGAUACUUUGGACAAAGAACUGAAAACCUCCUCAAUAAGGCGGGACUUUUUGACAACUUUUUUGGAGAUUUUUUUCCCCCGAAUUUCACGAUCUCAAGAAUAACAUUCUCGUUUCGUUCUGCACACCUUUUGACGUCUCUCUGACUUGGACAGAUUUGCCUGUUGAAAAACUACAACUGUUUAAUAUGGACGUGUUGAACAAGUUAACGACUUUCCUGUGGCUGGUCUUCUGUGCUCAGUAUGGACGUAACAGUGUGGUGAGGAGGGAUGUAGAUGAUGUCACAGAACCGAUGGUGACCAUGCCGCUCACCGAAGAGGUUGCCGCCACGACCUUAAACCCGGUGGAAGGAGAAGAGCCGGCACGUGCAGGAUUUAGUGGUUGGAAUCGUGACCAGGUGCUGAGGUACAUGUCAGAGACCGAGGACGCCUCCAGUGACGAAGGCGAGUCCGCCGACAGAGUCACGGAGGAGAGUUUGAAGUUGCUCCGCAUCGCGGAGAUCCAGUAUCAUAUACUACAGGCUUUGGGAAUCAGCGACCCUACGGCCUACUCGACCCCAAAACUGAGCGAGGAUGAAGAGCUAAGGCUGAUAUCAACGCUUAACCGCACCCGGCCGAGCACAGACGGUUCCAAUGUCGUCAAGACAUUCGAAUGUAUGGUUGCGGCGUGUGAAAUGCCAAUUAACCAAAGCAAUCACGUCAGGGUCAAUGCCAACCCGAAAUCCAUGCAGCUUUACUUUGAUAUGAACUUCUGUGAUGAGGAUCGGAAGAUCACACAAGGAAUCCUCAAGAUACGACUGAAAGACAACACUAAUUUUCGCCGGCAGACUCGGAAUAUCGUUGACUCAAGGUUGGAAGUUCGUGUGUACCGAUACCUGUCAACACGGAAAGCUAAUGGAAGACCUCGGAAGGUGGUGGUUGACGCUAAAAUCGUUUCCAGAACAGAAGAGAGAUGGGUAUUGUUAAAUAUCAAACCUGCAUUAAAACACUGGCGUCGGAUUCCGUCUGAUAACUAUGGACUCGAGAUUGUUGUGCGAAAAACGAACGAACAGCGUCUGGAUGCAAAUAAAAUAUUUGUUGGACUGAACUGCUCAGGCAACGACACAAAUCUGUGCCUCCCGGCUCGAUCAGAAGAAGAAGCUCUGGGGGUUCCCCACGCCCUGCCGGAUUCUGAGAACAGUCUGGCACCAAAUCUUCACGUGGUGACUAUGGAAAAAGAGUUCCUGCGGAUGGAGUUUACGUUAGACAGGCGGAGACGUGAGGCGGAGGCGGAGGCGGAGGCGGAGGAAUAUCAACCUUGCUAUAAACAACCACUGACUGUAUCACUCUCAGAUCUUGGACGGGAUAACUUAACAUUUACACCGAAUGUUAUAGAAGCAGGUUUCUGUGUCGGAAAUUGCACCGCCGAUGACCUUGAACUAGACAAUAGAUAUUGUAGUAGAUGCGUACCUACAAAGAUGGGAUCCUUGUUUUUGGCCUAUAAGGACAGUCGUGGCAACGCAGGGUCAGGAAGUGUUAAAAAUGUCGUCGUGGAGGAGUGUGGGCUAUCGGACAAGAUGUAAAGCGCGUGACCGGAAGAAUAAACUUUGAGAGGACAGGGGUGUACCACAUGCAAAUUGUAGUCCUUGAGUAUCUGGUCGGCUGUUUUGAUUAAAACUUCAAGACGUCUCGCAAAUUAUCAGGUUAUCUCGCGUUAAUCCGGUCAGUCAAACUCCAUAUCGCUUAAGAAGUUGAACGUUUAAAGGUGUGUACAAAAAGAUGACGAAUUGUUGGUUCUAUGUGGGUUUAAUUUUAUCUCGAAAUAUUGCCAAAUAUUUUUUGAGACUACAAACUAAGUACAACCUACAAAGUUUUCGAUUGCUCUAGCUGUAAUAGAAAAGGAGACACUACAUUGUGGUAGGCACCGGAUGAAGGGAUGUAACUCGUGAUCAAGAUACUGAAAUUUAAUUCACGCUUGUCCACUCUACCUCGAUGUAAUAUAUUACGAAAAUGGUGUACUUGGCAUGUGUAUUUCAUUCGUCAGUAUUUGUAUAUAUAUUUAGAAGAAUAAGGUGUAACCAUAAGUUUAUUAUUAUUAUUGUGUGUGAUGAAAUUUCUUGCUUCAAUAUUCAAUCGCCUGUCUUGAAAAGCUCGGAUUUCUGAUAUCUGCCCUCUCUGGAACAAAGGACAGAAGAAAAUCAGUUUUUAAAGAGAGUGUAAUUUCAUGUCACUUAAUAAUAGGAGGUGAAAGUGUGCUCAUAACGUAAUCUAGCAAGUUCGGAGAGGGACUUUAAAGGCGACAUUGUGUGUAACGUGUGUGUUUUAAAUUCAAACGUAUUGGGUGUAAAUAUACAAUGUCAACUUUGAGAGAACUCUCUCUACAAGAAAGG